AUGGCGACGGGGGAUUUACCCAAGACUCAUCGGGCUCUCGUCCAACGAGUCUAUGCUCAGCCGUUGCAAGUUGAGACGCUUCCCACUCCGCAGCCGACGCCCGGGAGCGCGGUUGUCAAGAUCAUCGUGGCCAAUGUGGUCGGGUACAUGAAAAACAUCUACAAUGGCGCUCGCAAAUACUCAUACCCUACUCCCCUCGUUGCCGGUACGAGCGCCAUUGGCCGUGUUGCGGCCGUGGGCGAGGACGCCGUCUCGCUCAAACCGGGCCAACUAGUGUUUGUGGACUGUACCAUCCGUGGACGUGAUGACCCGGGGGCCAUCAUCCUCUCUGGCAUCGUCGACGGCUCGACCGAGGCAAGCAGAAAGCUCAUGCGUGACGCCUGGCGCGAUUCGACCUACGCCGAGUACGCGAGGGCGCCGCUGGAGAACUGUUUCCCAAUCAACGAAGACCUGCUGUGCGCGAAUCCUGCGGAUGGCGGCCUCGGGUACGAUAUUGCGAGGAUAUCGUACAUUUCUGCACUUCUUGUCCCGUAUGGCGGGUUGAGGGAUGUUCGACUUGAGCCUGGAGAGACCGUGAUCAUCGCCCCGGCCACGGGCGGGUUUGGCGGGGCUGCCGUGCUCGUCGCGCUGGCUAUGGGAGCCAGAGUGAUAGCGAUGGGACGAAACACCGACGUUCUCGCUAAGUUGGAAGGGCUCAGUCCACGGGUCAAGACCGUCAAGAUCACGGGCAGCCAGGAGGAGGAGGUCGCUGCUUUGCAGAAGUUUGGGCUGGCAGACGCAUAUUUCGAUAUAUCUCCUCGCGAGGCUCAAGGUGCCACAUACUUCAAAAGCGCUAUCCUGUCGCUGCGUCAUGCAGGACGCGUGUCUUACAUGGGUGGGUUUCUUGAAGAUGUGCCUAUCCCGCUUCGGCUUCUGAUGAGGAAGGAUAUCAAGCUGCAUGGCAAAUGGAUGUACAGCCCAGACGACGUGCGUUCGCUUGUCAAGAUGGUCGAGAUUGGUCUUUUGGAUCUUGGAGCCGGGAGUGGGAUAUCGAUUACGGGCGAAUUCACGCUCGAAUGUUGGCAAGAGGCUUUUGAUGUUGCAGCGAACAAUGCGACAAUUGGUCAGAUUACCUUGAUUAAGCCAUAG